GUAGGACCAAGUCUGUCGAUGUUGUAGCAUCGUGUGCAGCCCAACCAAAACCGAAGCACUACAAACAGUCGCGAGUUUCUCUCGGUGUUCACGCAAAUUUUCCCGUCAGUCACUUUUUCUUCUUCAGUUUUUUCGCGUGCCCCAUUUUUUUUUUAUUGGAUUUAAUUUUUUGUGUUAUGUGCAAUUGUGGAUUUUCUUGUGGUUGUUGUGCGGUUCCAGUUCAAACGUUCAUGGAAUUUUAUGAAGUAGUCGCGUGAGGUCUAUGGACAGGCCUGGAGACUACGGAGAAGAUCCCCCACCAGGUCUAGACAUGUGGGGCAUGGAAACAGGACCGGACUGCGAUUGUCCAGGACCUCCUCCCGAAUUCAUGCUGCCGCCUCCGCCGAGGCCGCCUAUCCUCCAGCCUGCCGAUCCCAUGCUAUGCACCGAGGAUCCGUUACCCAUGGAAACGUGCGACGCUUUGCCGUUCAUAGACGCCGGCUACAGGAGUAGUCAGUCCAUUCAGACUUCAGCUGUGAUAUUUCUAUGUACUCUUCUAGUUAUUAUUAUCUGCAUCAUCGCAGUCAUAUUUUGGAAGAGGAAAGUACAAAACUUGCUGCCCUGUAAGAACACUCCCCAAAACAACUGUGAUGGAGCCACGACAGCGGGAGUAAUAUACGAGGAUCUCCACGACAUUCCCAGAGCUACACCGCACCAUAUUUCACAUUUACCCCAUCACGCGCCCAGCGGACACAUCGUAGCACCAUCAAUCGAGAUGAUCGAUGUUAAAAAUAACAUCCAUUACCCUAGUGGAUACCCAAUCUCCCAACAUCCACCCGUAUUCUUGUGCUCAUCACCCGGUCCGGACCCGUACUGCUCGCAGGACCUCUACAAUCCCGUAUACGAAGAACUAAGCGAUGCGGACAGCGAACUGGCGCGUGCCCCACACAGCGAAGACGAGUUCGCCGAAGACGAACUGAGCUUGGGCGGUGAAAUGGACCGACGACGGUUGGACAUACCGCCACCGCCGUACAGGCCAGACCCGCCCCGCCGCGACAUACCCAGAUUCAGGAGGCCGCACGAACCUUUGCCGCCGGUACCUGGAAUGCAAACGAACAAAAGACACAGAAGUUUGGACAGGAGAAGACAAGAGUUCCACGAAGGUAUGCUCUUGGACGCGCUCUUGCAGCUCUAUCCCAGAGUGGGUAGCGUCGAACCGCCCCACAGGAGACAGAUCCCGAGCAUAACUCAGAGGAUACAAUGCAUGUCGCAGACGCCCGGUCCAUACGAGACGGUGCCGGUUCUGGGACAUUUGGCUACAUUCCGGCCGGUUCCGAAACCCUAUUCGCAGGAUUCCGCCUUCGGUUCGGAUUCGGGUUACAGCAAUCACACGAGCGGAACUCGUGGUUCUAACAGGGGCCGGCGGGACCACAGGAGAUUGUCGCAGUUAAGUGCGGACUUGGCCCUGGCGUAAAAUCGUGUGGACUGAUGUAAUAUAAUUUUCUAGUGACUUUUAUCAUUGAAUCAUGUGAUAAAAAUGUAUCUGCCAGUAAACACCCCAAUAGUAUUUAGUAAUAUGUAAAUUAUGAUGUACCAAAGUUCGUUGUGUACGAUUAUCUAACUGCGCACAAUAGCCUAGCCUGUAUAGGAAAAGCAACAGUAUAACUUUCAACUUAUGCGCACUUGGAAUUAUAAUAGUUCUUCAAGCUUGACACGUGACAUUCCAUUUGAUUUAGAUUCUUUCGACUCGUCCAUUAUCAACGAUAUCGCACACAACUCUAUUGUAGAAAUUUGUACAUACUUCUGUAUAUUUUAGGAUGAUUUUGGUGAACCAAAGCUAAAUUUAUAUUCUAUGCCUCUGUAAUUAUUGUACAUUUAUGUUUAUAGUCCUAUUUAUUUUUGUACAUAUAAUUUAUUAAUACUUACACUUUUCAAACACUGAAUAACCUACAAACUAAAUGUAAUACAUAAUACAUUACGACUGAAUAACCAAAGUAACGUAGAUUUUUCACUUGCUUAAAGAAGUUAACUAUGUACAUACUUAAUAAUCAACAUAACAUUGAAAACACUUGAGCUGUCUUAAAACCCAAUCUUCAAUUGUUUCUGAAAAGACAAAUCAAUACUUAAUAUCAUCUUAGAGCUACUUACGCAUUUAAUGUUUCGAGGAACGGCCUCCGCACAUUUUCCUUUUCAGUGAUAAAGUGUGUGGGUGACAGUUUCCGUAGUAGAUUUUUUCUAUAAAACUGUUUUAUUUUGUCUUUUUAUGCCAACGAAUAAAGUGAAACAGGGUUUUAAUUUUAAUUUCGCUUUUAUUCAAGCGGUUUUAAUAGGUUUAUUCUUUCUUUGGAAUUGUGUUUUUAUAGAUUGUAUCAGUGUUUGCAUUUGACUAGUCGAUUUUAAUGUAAGUUCAAUUAAAAAUAAUGUUUAGUUUUUGACUUGCCGAUUGUGAUUUUUAAUUGAAUUAUUUUUGUUAUUGUUUUUAUGAAGUGAAUAGUGAAAUAUUAAGUUAUACAUAAAAUCAUUAUUAAU